AUGAAGCGCCACGUACUGCUGCUGCUCAUCUGCAUGCUCGUAGCGUCUCUCGCGGUCGUCACGGCGCGCCGCCGUAGCUGCCCGAAGAGCAUGCAGUGUAGCGCGUCCACGAGCGGUUAUUUCUUAGACGGCCCUAACGGUCACCUAGCGAUUCAGUACACGGGUCGCGGGCCGUCCAAGCCGCAGUCGUGCAGCCACUUGUGCAAAACGACGGAGAAUUGCACGUGGUGGAUGUACAACAUGCUUAGGGCUGACGGCGAGUGCAAGAUGUGGAGCGCGAAUCAGAGCCCGUGCAUUCCCGAGGAUACAUCCGAUCCCGAGACCGCUCGCUUUGACAACACUCCCAUUGGCUGGACUGUCGUGGGUGGCCCUUGCCAAUCCGAUGCCAUGAAUAUGACACAAAAGUUCCGCCGCGGCAAGUGCCCUCAGCUGAGCUGCAACUCCCCCUCACGAGGGUUCCUAUGGGACCACCCGCACCUGGGCCACCUCUACUCGUUUGCCACAGGCAGGAGAAAGCGGCCGCACUCGUGCUUCCUUGCGUGCAUGGAAACCCCGGGAUGCGCGUACUGGAUGUACGAUCUGCACUCGAAUAAUGGGGACUGUGUGCUCUGGUCCGAUGAGCAGAACCCGUGCCUGCCCGAGCCGGGAGGCGGGGAAGGUUCGGCGCAUUUUGACCCGCUGCCCACGCACAGCGUGUUUGUGGUGGGGGGAGGCUGCAACAGGGAAGUGCCGAAUCAAGUUUGA